AGGAAGUAUGACUGAGCAAAACCCAGUCAAAAUUAUAGUUUUGCAUUGUUCUACCUCUUUAAUUUGCCUCUCCUUGUGAGAGCCCUCCUAUAACCUUCUUCCUUUUUUUUUUUUAAUGAAAGAACCCUGCCCAUCUUCUUAAUUCAGGGUUCUACAGUAGAAGUCUUCGAUUAGACGAGCAGUUACGGGACGGGUGGAGUUUCCCGGCAGCCAUUGACGUUAAUCCUGGCCGGAAGUUCCUCCACAAAAUGGCUACGCCCCCUGUGACUGCUCCCUCAUCAGGCUCUACUAAUUCAUCUUCAAGUCCUCCCUCGCCAAAUGCACCACCUCCGUCACCACCAGCGUCGCCACCGCCUUCAUCAUCAUCGCCACCACCUUCAUCAUCUUCCCCACCUCCAUCAUCUUCACCACCACCAUCAUCUUCACCACCACCACCUUCACAAUCAUCACCUCCACCGGCGACAUCUCCACCACCCAAAUCAAGUCCUCCUCCCCCACCAUCCUCUUCCACGUCCACAUCUCCACCACCGCAGCAGGGGUCAUCAUCCCCACCUCCAUCAUCAAAAGGUUCAUCCUCACCUCCACCACCAGACAAUUCUUCCUCAACAUCGUCGGCGCCUCCUCCAUCUUCCAAUGACAACAACAACAACAACAACAAUUCUCCACCUUGGUCACCUCCACCACCCCAAUCGUCAUCAAAUCCAUCAGGGGCGUUAUCUCCACCCCCGCCGCCGCCACAUAAGUCAUCAUCACAUACGCCUUCACAUUCAUCAUCAUCAUCAUCAAGCAAUGAUUCGCCAUCCUCGUCUUCUUCCAGUGCUUCUAACAAGAUCCCCCUUAUAGCAGGAAUCACAGCAGGGGUUGCCUUGCUACUUAUUAUUAUGAUUGUGAUCAUUGUGUGCACCAGGAAGAAGAAGCGAAGAUCACAUGAUCAGAUGCAAUACUAUGGUGACCCCAGCAAGGGACACAAAGCAAGCAAUGAUUUUUACAGUAGCGGGCCUCCUCCAAACUGGAACAACAGCCCACAAUUGAUGAGCCACGGUGGUAUGGUGCCACCACCUCCGGGGACAUCGCCAGGAGGAGGAGGCGGAGGAGGAGGAGGAGGAGGAUGGCCUGCACCACCUCCACCGCCUCCCAUGAUGAGCAGCAGCGAAAUGAGCUCUAAUUACUCAGGGCCACACUAUCCUCCACUCCCACCUCCAUCUCCAAGUAUGUCCCUUGGAUUCAAUAAGAGCACAUUCAGCUAUGAUGAACUAGCAGCAGCGACAAAUGGUUUCUCUCAGGCCAACUUGUUGGGUCAAGGUGGAUUUGGAUACGUACACAAGGGAGUAUUGGCUGGUACUGGCACGGUGGUAGCAGUGAAGAGUCUCAAGUCAGGUAGUGGACAAGGAGAGCGUGAGUUCCAGGCAGAGGUCGAGAUCAUCAGCCGUGUCCAUCACCGUCACCUUGUGUCUCUCGUUGGUUACUGUAUAGCUGGUGGGCAACGGAUGUUGGUCUAUGAAUUUGUUAACAACAAAACAAUGGAGUACCAUCUUCACGGACAUGGUCGUCCAACAAUGGAUUGGGCAACAAGGCUCCGGAUUGCAUUAGGAUCAGCUAAAGGACUUGCAUACCUUCAUGAAGAUUGCCACCCUCGCAUCAUUCAUCGCGACAUUAAAGCUGCUAAUAUUCUACUGGAUGAUAAUUUUGAAGCCAUGGUGGCAGAUUUUGGACUAGCUAAGCUAUCAAAUGACAAUUGCACUCAUGUAUCCACACGCAUAAUGGGAACGUUUGGAUAUUUGGCUCCUGAGUAUGCAUCCAGUGGGAAGCUAACUGAUAAAUCUGAUGUCUUCUCAUACGGUGUCAUGUUGCUGGAAUUGAUUACUGGAAAACGACCUGUGGAUACUACUAACUCAUACAUGGAAGAUAGUCUAGUAGAUUGGGCUAGGCCUCUUCUAACACGUGCACUGGAAGAUGGCAACUAUGAAAGCUUGGUGGACCCACGUUUGGGGAACAAUUACAAUCCCCAAGAAAUGGCUCAUAUGAUCACGUGUGCAGCUGCAAGCAUUCGCCAUUCUGCAAGGAGGCGUCCAAAGAUGAGCCAGAUUGUGCGUGCACUGGAAGGUGAAGGCUCAUUAGAAGUUUCGAAUGAGGGUGUAAAACCUGGGCAUAGCUCUGCCUUUCACUCAAGUACUAGCUCAGACUAUGAUGCAACAUCAUAUAAUGAAGACAUGAAGAAGUUUAGGAAGAUGGCACUGGCAAGCCAAGAAAUGGGGAGCAGUGAGUAUGGGGCAACAAGUGAAUAUGGGCUCAAUCCUUCCUCCUCCUCAAGCAGUGAUCACUCAAGAGAAAUGAGCCGUAGGCAUUUGCAUUAAGCAGUGGUGAUUGAGAUAUGAACCAUAGGCAUAUUCCUUGAGCUUCUUAACUCCUAUGCUUGAGAUGAGAAAAAUUGUUCCUUUUAAGAGGAGCCUUACAUUUUUAUGUUGUUUUAUUGUUAGGAUUGUUUGGUAAUUAUUGGAGUGAUAUUGUGGGACUUAUUUGGACUUCUCCAUACAUCAUAAGGGUAUGUACUAUUAUGUGUUUAUGUGUGUAUAACUAUAUAUAUGGAGGCAGAUCUAGCUUCUAUUAUUUGUUAAGUUGUUUGGGUAAUAUGUUACUUUAAGUUGGUAAGAGGUUAGGGCACAUUUUCUUUUUAAUUUUUUCCCUUGCCCCCUUGCCCUUUCAUAUAGGCUUUGUCUAGUUGUAACUAAAAGGGAAGGGAAAGGGAAGUGCAAUCAGUUUUGAGAAUAAAAAGAAGAAUUUUGUAA